AUGGCAAAACUAUUAUCAUACAUUUUCUACAAUUCCAUACCUAGAGAAGAUUGGGAGAAAUUUCACUACGAUAACCCUUUCACAGAUACAUUAGGUCUCCCUUAUGUGCUGUAUCUUCCUGUGGAUUCGCCAGUGGGCAAUGAAGUGUUUUCUGUUCACGUGACUGCAGUUGGCACCAAACUGGAAGACAUCCGAUAUGACCUGCCAGACAACCAGUUCACCCACUUGUUUUCAAUCGACUCCACGACCGGUAGAAUCAAACUUCUGCAACCACUUUCCACUCUCAACACAGCCGGGGCGACACUGGUGGUGCGAGCACACGACUCAAAAAACGAGGAGCUAUCGGUCAUGGCCGAAGUGCAUGUUGAGGUUUUCAACCAGCCGAAUUCGCCUCCUCUGUUCUCCUUGGCCGAAUACAAUGUGUCUGUGGCCGAUGACGUCACAGGUGGUGACUUUGUGGCUCAGGUGUUCGCAGAGGACGGGGAUCCAGGGCCCUACGGAAGUGUGAAGUACCGAAUAGUGAAUGACUCUUCAGGUCACUUCGACAUAGAUGACAGAUCCGGUUUUGUCUUCAUCUCCCCAGGCGCAAGUCUGUCCCUGGAACCAGGGGUUCGCUUCUUGUUUGAUGUCCUGGCUACAGACAGUGGCAUCCCCCCUCUGAGUUCGAGGGCGGGGGUGGUGGUUAAUGUGUUGAGUGCAUCCACUGCUAAGGUGGCUUGGUUCGAGCAGGCGUUCUUGUCGGUUAAUCUCUCAGAGAGCACUCUUCCUGGUUCCGAUAUUGCGACUGUACAUGCUAGGUCAGAGAAGAUGUCUGAUGCCUUCGAGUACUCCAUAGUGGCUGGAAAUACAGACGACUCUUUCUCGGUUGAGCCGACUACAGGCGUCGUCCGAACUGCGAAACAACUCGACUACGAGUCUGGAAUAACUUCCUAUAAGCUGUUGGUUUCUGCAUCAUUUGCUGACUCAUCUUCCUUUCCCGAGACAGUCUCGGCCUUCGCUACAGUAUUUGUUCAGCUCGUGGACGAGAACGACAAUGUACCUGUUUUUGACCAUACGAAGUACCACUUUGAAGUACCCGAGAACUAUUUGGGCCCAAUUGGGAGCGUGAAAACAUCUGAUUUAGACUCGGAUUUGAAUGCCGUUGUUACAUACACCAUAAGUGACACAAACAGAUUUUCAAUUGAAGCGACGACUGGUGAUGUUUCGGUCAUCCGAGAGUUCAAUUUUGAGAGCCCUAAUCAGCCCAAAGAAUUUGUUGUCACGGUUCAUGCACGCAACAGCUUAGCUGACGUCAACAGUGACCUCGUAGCCGAAGUCCUGGUUGCAAUAAAACUCGUUGAUGUAAAUGACAAUGCACCUGUUUUUGACUCUGACACGACCAGCAGUCCAGUUGUAUUGUAUUGGGAUACCUUAGUCGGAACUAAGUUGUUCAGAGUUCAUGCAACAGACGCUGAUCAGGGAGCGAACAGUGCGAUCCAUUAUGAAGUAGUGUACGACAACCAGCAGAGUGUUUUCUUCAUUGCUCACAACACAUUAGAUGACUCUCAUUUCGGAACCAGCCACGAAGACACCACCAAUUUCACCAACAACAGCAACAACAACACAUCGUCAACAAGUCAGUCGGAUUUGGAACGUACGGCAGACGAAGACACGGGGGAGGAGGAAGGAACUUGGUUCACUUUGACUAGUCCAUUACCAAUAGUUGGGAUUGGAGAACAACUCAACUGGAACAUCGAAAUCGAGGCGCGUGACCUGGGAGUGCCCUCUCUUGUCUCUUCUGUCCAACUGGAGGUGCUGGUGGUCCAUCCGGAGUUCUCCCAGCCCCUCUUCUCCCCCCGAGAGACGGAGGUGGGGCUGCAGGAAAUGAAUGACCUCGUCUCGUUCCUCACUCAAGUACACGCGUUUGACAACGUCGGCCAACAGCUCAGAUACUUCAUCAUUGCAGGAAAUGAGAUGAACUUAUUUCAACUGGACGCCAUCUCUGGCAACCUGUCCCGUUCAGGCCUUCAGGUGGACAAGGAGACAGUGAACCCUGACAAGAACCCUGGAAGUGACGUCACUCUGUCUGUCCAGGCCACCAGACUCACUGACAUGAUCCGGUGGACAAACUUGCCUCCAGCGGGCUUAGCUGACAGACCUCACUUCUCGUACACUGAGAGAACAUGCGACACUGAUUCGGCCGAUGGUGCUCAGAGUUCGUGUGUGGAGACGACAUAUAGGGUGUUGAUUUACGAAGACACGCCAUCUGAUGGCGAUGAAAAUGGAGAUCAAAGAAGUAUUCGAAGGAACAGACGAAGUGCAAUUGCACGAUCAGAUUCAACAACUGACGAACCAGAAGAGACUUGGACUAACCCAAGCAUUCUUCUGGUACAUGUGUACAUUGAGGAUAGGAAUGACAACUCGCCUGUCUUCUUUCAAUCGGAGUACAAUUACAUGGUCACAAUCAGGGCUCCUCUAGGGACUCAGUUUGGAAGGGUUGAGGCCUCGGACGCCGACAUCUCCAGUGAGAUCCGCUACCGCAUCUUGGGUGCAUCGCCUCCCGAGGCUGCCGACUGGUUCUCAGUGGACAGCAUCAGUGGUCGUCUUUACACAGACAACAUGUUCACACUCUACUUCGGUAGACAGUUCAACCUCACCCUGCAGGCAUAUGAUGACUACUUCACUGCACGAGCUACUGUCAAGGUAAAAAUAAAACCAGAACAGGUAUCUCAGCGGCUGUAG